AAGAAAAGAAAAACAAAAGUCGGGGCACGUGGCAGCAUCGGCGUUAAAAAGCAUGUGGCGUAGACUCGCUCACGUUUUGUCCUUCUCCUUCUUCUUCCACCACCGCCUCACGCAUCUCUCUGUUUCUGUGAUUCUGUUUCUGUCUUUGUGGUUAUGGCAGAGACUUCUACGCUUCUCUUCUCUACCUUCUCCUCUCACCUCACGAUCUCUCCUUUUCGCCAAUCUCAUCCCUCCGCCGCUCGAUUCUCAUCUCUUCUUUCCCGCGUUCGGCCAUCACGAUUCGCGGUUAAAGCAUCACAUUACGGUAACUUCUCCGAUGACGAUGCUUUCAACUUCUUCCCUUGGUCCGAUGCAAACAACGAGAUUGAAUGGGUUCCUGAAGAAAGGAUUACACUUUUCACAUCUGAUGGCUUAGUUCAGAUUGGUGGCAAUAUGGUUCCUCGCCGCAUCAAAUCAUCUAAUAAGAAACAUGGGAGAUCUAGAUCACUAGAAAAACAUCAAAAGUUUCAUGAAAGUGCUUACAUGGAUCCUGCUCAAGGUCUAUGUCUUGGAGCUCUCUUUGACAUCGCAGCGACAAAUGUAUGCAACGCUUACUUUUUUGGUUUGUUAAACUUGAACAUACAGAUGAUAAUGCAGUGCAUUGUGUAUAAACAAUGUCAGGGACUGGAUAUGGGAAGAAGACUAUGUAUCUUUGGAUUCUGUCGUUCUGUUGAGAUGCUUAGUGAUGUUGUUGAAGAUACUGUCUUAGAACACGGUGGAGAGAUUGUUGCUACAGAGACAGAGAGCACAAGUGGUUUACAAGAGAAGCUAACGAUGACAGUUGCGGUUCCAUAUCUCUGGGGGGUUCCUCCGGCUGCAGAAAGGCUUCACCUUGCAGUUCGAACCGGUGGAGGCAUCGUAGACAAAGUUUAUUGGCAAUGGCAUUUCUUGUGAUAUAUUCACAAAUUUCUCCAAAACAUUGGCUCUAACUCACAACCACAAGUGUUUAUAUAUCCAUUCAUUGUACAGAACCAUUACAUUUGCUAUAAAUACCCCUUAAUCCUUAUUUCAUCAAUUAAAUAAAAGGUAGGUUAUCCUUUGAUUUUAAGAUCUAGUAUAAAUGUAAAUGUGUAAUUUAGAGCCAAUGUUUAAUGUUUACAAACUUCUCCAAACAUUGGCUCUAACACUCAACCGCAAGUGUGUAUAUAUCAUUCAUUGUUCCAACUUUCUUAUCACAGCUGAUAUCUCUCUUUCCUUCUUUGGAUAUCAAUUUUGUACUAAAAAAGAAGAAGCAAAUUGAUCAAUGCAAAAUGUCAAAAGUUCAAAACAUUACACAAACUCUAGUUCUUGUCUUUACUAGGAGUUACUUUAUUCCUCUAUGUGAAUUCCAAAAUACUAGAAAUAGUCUUGUGCUUGAGUUUGAGCUUUCCGUAGCUAUCUUCUUGUAUAUGACUUUGCAGAAUUUGUCAUAUUAGACUUUCAUCGCAAUAGAAGCCAAUAGUCAAUGAUAGCACUUGUCCAAAAAAAAUUUAUCUUAGUAAUUUAGUUCUUGUCACUAAAGUUUAUCAGUCGAUGUAAUAGUGUUUCAAUGAAUU